GUUCGAGCAGAGAGGUGAUGGACUCACACAUGGAUGCGUCAGAGAAGCAGCCGGCCACAUAGAGGUGUGCGUCCAUAUGCACAGAUGGACGUUCAAAUCCAGCCAACAGACAUUCACACACCACCAGCACCACCCCAGCCAGCAGUAGCUAGUCCCUCGUGCAUCAGUGAGGCGCUCACCUCCGUGUGUCCUUGGUGGUGUGUCUCGUGUGGGGUGUGUGUGGGGUGUGUGGCGAGGUGCAAAACAUAGAGCGGGCGACGACACACCUUGCAUGUCAAAUAAGAAGUCUCGAAGUUUCGUCCACCACGCGCACUCAUUUGCACGCGCUACAGCCACCUCAUACGGCCCUCCUUCAACACGCGUAGCCUGCCAGCGCGCCUGCACACGAUCCAUCUACACAUAUAAAGACACAUGACUAUAGACGCGCAUCGUCAUGCCAUCAUGAUCUGUGUGGCUCUCACCUUCAUGGUCUAAGGCGCCUGGCCGUCGAGCACGAUGGCGGCGAUGGGGCCGAGGACGCGACGCACCUUGGCGGCCGUCCGAGGGAAUCGCUGGGCGAAGGGGGCAUCAUGGGGGACACCUGCUGCUGGCGCCUCGGUGGUGGCGAUAAAGAGGUGUACUGCACGCACACAAGAGAGGAGCGCAUAAUCAGGCGACAGCAUGAGGAUGUGCUGUGAAUGUGUAUGCGUACCGUCCUGGCUGUUGCCUGGGAAGAUGCCAAAGCUAAUCCAUGCGAUGAACGGAUCGGCGGCCGUUGUCAGCACGUGCAGCUGCACACACAGCCCAUUAGCCGCCUCCCAUGUCAGCAUGUCCGAGCAUCCGUUGACGGGUGUGUGUGGCGAUCGAGUCAUGAUGCGGUCGAGAUGGCCUCCACGUACACGACUGACACACACACCACAUGGCCAUUAACCCUCUCAUUGUGUGCCGUCCAUCCACUCACCGGUCAACCACCACCAUUGGCGAGUCGGUGAAGGGGCCAGCAGCCUCAAUCCGAUGACACUGGAGCAGCUCCUUCAGCAGGCAGCUCGCCGAUGCGAAGACGGCGCCACCGUUGACACCGACCGUCGCCCAGCCCACACCAUUCUGCCACGUAAUGCGGCUGUGGACAGGCGGGUCGUGGGGCUUGGUGUGCUGCUGGAAGGGGUGGCGCGAGAAGGGAUGGACGGGGCGGUCGGGCCGGGGGAGGGGCGGGUUGAUGGUGAUGGCAAAGUUGGGCUCGUUGCGGAUGGCGCGAAUCUCAUGGUUAUGGCGGAACAGCUGGAGUGUGCCGUCAUGCUGGCCGUUGGGGCGGCGGAGGGCCACACGGCGGCCGACGAGCAUGCAAUGGGCACAGAAACGGGGCAGCGACAAGAAGUC